AUGGACGCUCCCAACAGCAGCGCCAACAACAGCACGGACAAGGAGACGGCAGGAUCGUCCAAGGGCACACCUACUGUGACCGCUACUGGCGGCGGUGUUCCUACCGAGAUUCCCACACGAUCUCACAUUCAACAGCAAACAUACGACAGUACCGAUCGCGAUCCCUUUCUCGCGUUUAUCCCCAAAUUAUUUGGUUUUGGUGCUCGUCUGGUAGGCCAUGAACUCGGCAUUGCCAAGCGUGCCGUCUGUGGAUGUCCUCGAUGGAGUGUCGGAUUCAUGAAGGAAACAUUCGAGUAUUACAAGACCAAUCCCAAGAUUCUCUACGACGAAGUCAUUAGUGGAUUCACCGUGGCCAUUAUGCAAGUCCCCGAAUCGAUUGCCUUUUCCUUUGUGGCCGGUGUUCCACCAUUGAGUGGAUUGCAUGCGACCUUUUGGAUGGCCACCAUUACCGGUAUUCUAGGUGGUAAACCGGGAAUGAUUUCUGGAGCCGCCGGAGCGUUGGCAGUCGUCGUGGCUGAUUUGACGAUUGACAAUGGUGUCUUGGAUUAUCUACCCAUGGAUCAACGCUUGAAUGUACUCUACAUGACCAUGGUAUGGUGUGGCAUUGCACAAAUUGUGUUUGCGUGGUUACGAUUGGCACAAGUGGUUCGACUUAUUCCAGAAACUGGAUUGAUUGGAUUCAUGGAUGCGCUCGCCAUUAUCAUUUUCAUGGCACAAUUACCCGCCUUUAUGAAAUGCGAUGAUGAACCACUCUUUGUCGAUUGUUCGUUGGAACAACGUCAAUGGUUGACGUUUCAAGAUGAUACGUGGGUACUUAUUCUGUCGCUGGUACAAGUCGGACUCUGUAUGGCAAUUAUGAAAUUCUUUCCACUCAUUCCCAAAUUGGGACGCAUCGUACCAGCAUCGUUGGUGGGAUUGUUGGUGGGAACACUUUUGGAGCAUACGCUCUUUCGAAGAGGAUUUGGAGUCGCUACUCGUACCGUGCAAGAAACGGCACAAAUGAGUGGAUCACUUCCCCAGUUUGAUUGGCCUGUUGUGCCGCGCGAUUCCAAGACGAUUGGGAUUAUUGCACAAUACGCAUUGACACUCGCCGCCAUUGGAGGUGUCGAGUCCAUUCUCACACUGCAGGCGUGUCAUGAAAUUACCGAUACCGUGCCCAAAAUGAGUGAUUCCAAUCAGGAAUUGUUUGCACAAGGAUUGGCCAAUUUUGUUUCGGGAUUGUUUCGAGCCAUGGGAGGAGAUGCCAUGAUUGGACAAUCUACCAUCAACAUUAUGAAUGGAGCCCGUCAUCGCGUGUCAUCUACCAUGUCGGGGCUUUUCAUGCUGCUUUUCGUCAUUGCCAUUUCCGAUUUUAUUGAACUGCUACCAGUCUCUACCUUGACGGGAGUGCUAUUCAUGGUCGUACUAUCCACCUUUCAAUGGAAGACAUUUGAAAUUCUACGAUACGGACGGCUCUCUGACAGUGGGGUCAUUGUACUCGUCACACUCAUUGCCGUAUUUUUCAAUCUCGCCGUUGCCAUUGGAGCUGGGAUUGUCUUUUCGGCACUCGUCCAUGCAUGGGAUUCGGGGUCACACGUCGAUGCCGAUAUCUCUUACAAACCCAUGUCGGUCAAGAAGAGCAAGGGCAGCGCCAGUCGCAAUGUCAGUCGCAACGAAGAAAAUGCCGAAUCGGUGGACAAGAACUAUGUGGAUGACGACGAGGAAGAAGAAGAAGUCGUUGACGUCAAGUAUGUGCAUGUCAAGGGAUCCAUCUUUUUUGGUUCCGCAAGGCAUUUUAUCAAUUUCUUCAACAUUGCUAGUGAUCCCGACACGGUCGUUAUUGACUUGAAGGAUGCUUUGAUUAUUGAUCACUCGGCCGUGGCCGCUAUUGGAGGCAUCACUCAUCGCUUUGCCAAGGCGGGCAAGCGAGUCUUGUUGGUGAAUGUCCCACACAAGAGUCACGGAAGAUUGCAUCGAACGGGAGACCAUGGAAUCUUGAAGCAACAAAUCGUCACGCAUCCCAAGGAACUCUUUGAUGUCGAAAACGGUGCUCAACCGGUCGAGGUGGAAGCAUCUGUUGCAAAACCAAAUUCUGGAAACGUUACUACCACCGAAAGUGGAGAUGUUAUCCAGGACAAUACGCAAGAUUCCCCCGCAAGGCAGCCCGCUGGAGGGAUGCAAUCCAUUGCUUCAGGAUACCAAAACGAUGAUGGUAUUGAAGUUCAACACACUGUCCCACCACAUUCCUAUGGGGGCCUCAACCAGUUGCACCUGUUCGACAAGCCAGUCGUUGGUGUCGAGGAAGAGUUGGACCAACUUUGCAACAAAUCUGGCCGAUUCGAAGUUCAUGAUAUUGAAACAGAGCCCAAGAACAAGGAUGCCUAA